AUGGCGAAUGCACAUCGCGCUAACGUCCUGGUUACCUCCUGUUUGAAAACGCCGGUAGACCCACACACCAAGGCUCCGUUGGCGUUGUACGAAAGGCAGCGAGCCCUUCCAUAUUCGUCAGCAGCUGGUCAUAUUCACAAUAGAGACUACGAAAAAGAGGUAAAAUAUCGGCAGAUUAGUUUUGUAUUUGAAAGCUGAGCAAAACAAUCAAGAAAUAAUCUGAAAUUAUUGGAUGAAAUACAUCAUACUGGUGGACAGAGGACUGGAGCACCAUCCAACACUUGCCAAGAUGUCAUUCAUCCCACUAACCAAUAGAUCAAUGUUAUACCCUCAUUCAUUAUGUUGAUCUGGAGAGGAAUGGAACACCAGUUGCACAUAGAAACCCUACAUGUUUUUUUUCUUUUACAUUCAUAGUUCUAAAUUCCAAAAUAGGCUAAUUCUUUGGUCCUCCCUCAUUGAUCUGCUAGAUGGCCUAUUCAUAAAACAUAUUGAUCAUACAUUGCUACCGAACAUCUAAAUUGAUGUAAGUAGGCCUAACUUAUAGCCUAUACAAUCCUAUGACACUGGAUAGUGAUGUAAAUUAAGUGGAGAUUCCAUGAAUUAAUAUUAUCUUUAAUGUCAGACUUAUGGUAAAGAUUGGGAGAAUUCAGGUCAAGCAUUUACUUAUGUCGGUGGAUUCUCAUAAAAUGUAUGUUGUUCUCAAAUGUUACUACUGAGAUUUUACUGUUUUCAGGUCAACCUGCCUCUGUGGGAGGGGAUUUGACCUGCAUAAUUUAUUACUGGCCUAUUUUUGGCUUGCCUCCUUUACUAGAUUACACUGAUGUCACAGUGCCAGUAAUCCUAAAUGCUUAAUUUCCUUUGGACAACAUUAUUUCAAAUCCCAUUUUGUUUUCCUCACUGGACAAGGAUCUGCCCUACAUCUGGGCAUCUCCAAAUUGUUUUUUAUUUAUAAAGUACAUUCAUUUUGAUCUGGCUUGUACUGUAAUCAGUAGGAUGCUCGUUAGAAUUGCUUGUCCAAGCUUUAGACUUAUUUUCUUAAUAUUUGUAAAUGUAUGAUUUGAUCUCAUCCAUUCAUCACCUGAACAAAAAAGAUGGAGAUGGUUGGAGGCAGAGCAGCUAGUGUAACAGUUGAACACCCACUCCUUCCAUUAUCACCCACCUUCUGUGCGUGACCAUAUGGAUAGGUCAUCCAAACCCACAGAGCUGGGGAUAAUGAGCUUAGGCCUCAAGUAGCCAUCUCAUAUUAUGCUCUACUCUACACACUUCAUAUUAGGCCUAUGCCUUAACCAUCUACAAUAUGUCCAGUCAUCAGUACUACUCUUAGAUUUGUUGAUGUUCUAAUCUGAUGUAUGAUGAUACACUUCCAUACAUUUGGCAUAUUAACACAUAUUGGGCCACCCCUUCAAGAAAUAUCUGAAAGUCAUAGAAAUACAGGUGAAAGGCUCUUUCUUCCUUGCAGCCACAAUCCUAUACCCUUUGCUUCCAAUAGCUUACUGACCAAUAGUGUCCUUUGUAGGCUACAUUUAUUAUUUGUAUGGAAUGGAUUCCACAGACACAUGCUCCACAAUCCGUGCACAACAUAAAUGUUUUUUGUUGCUUCAUUUUCCUCAUGACUUUCUUUAACUUUUCAGCUGCAGUAUGACGACUCGGGGUCUGAGUACGGUGAUGGGGAUGCCCCCGGGAAGGGUAGCCCCCUGAUGAUCAAAGACUACCGAGUGACGGGGGACCACAUCGACCUGCGUGAGUUCUACUUCUCCAACGAGGAGUAUUACCGCAAGCUGGAGGAGCUGAAGAGGGCCCACCUCCGCACCAUGGCCGAGCUAGAGGGCAUGUACCGCAAGAAGCUGGAGCUCAAAGGCGCACCACCCUCAGAAAACGUGAAGGGGGCACAGGCACACAGGUGUGUUGUUGCUCUUGCUUGGAAUUUGUUGUUUUUCUUAAUUAACCACCAAGAUAGAUAGGGUAGAUUAUUUCUGCUCCUGGAGGGUGUACUGUACUCAGCGUCUACCAUUUUUAACAUGUCAAUGAAUAUUCUAAUGGUGCAAAGUCUUUGUUCGUUCACCAGAUCGUACUUGAAGAUCAGCCCCAUGCCCGUGAGGCGUCUGAGGAAGGCCCACUCAGCUCUGGAACUGAGGAGGGGCUCUGGGCUGUCAGACACAUCUGACGAGGAAGGUGCUGUCGACAACAAUGUGGAGAAGGGUCUGCAGUCUUCCCCCAAAGAGCACAUCAAGAACAUGUGGCAGGACUUCAAGCUGUCGCCUCGCCAGCGCCACCCGUCCACAUCCUCCCUCCAGAGUCUCAUUGGGGGCCACAAGAAAGGCAUCAAGGGUAAGGACCGGAAGCAAGGGCGCAAAGAUGUCAAACACGAGCCUUGGAAACCCAGAGUGACCGUCCCCAAGCCAUUCCACAUGACGCUGCGGGAGAACCAGAAGCGCCAAAAAGGUGUCAAGACACGGUCAGAGAUCGAGCUGGAGAACGCAGCCCUGCGGAAGCAGCUGGAGGAGCUGACCGAGUGCCAGCACAAAUUCCGUGCCAGCUCCGUGCCCGCCCACGUGCGCCUGCCCCUCUACGAGGAGCUCCACGAACGCGACGAGGCGCGGCGGGCCAUGCGCGAGCGCGAGCAGCAGCGUCUGUGCUCCACCCAGCGGCCCUUCAGUUUCCUGGAACGCGAACGUCUCAAGAGGGAGCAGAGAGAGGAGCAGCUCCGCAACCUCCAGCCAAUCAGCCAGGAGAGAGUCCGACCAUUCAGGGCCAAGCCCGUGCCCAAGGCGGUGUACGAGGCGGCGUCGGGCGAGCAACUGAAGGAGGAGCAGCUGUACCGUGCCAUCAAGAUGCAGAUGAGGGCCCAGGAGCUGCUCCACAGCGCCUCAAUGCCCCCCAGCAUGCUGGCACGCCACCUCAGCGAAAGGAAGCGGGCCAAGGAUGAAGCCAGGGGGGACACCGCUGGAUCCGAGGAUGACAACAGCGCCCCUUACAGGCCCAAGAUAAACCCGGAGGUGCCCGACUUCGACGCCAGCUACAGGAGGUUCAAGAAGCAGCUGGAGAGCCGGCGCGACGUGAAGCCUUUGACGACGUGCAAGCCGUUUCAGCUCCGGACGUCACAGAUCCCCUCGCACCGCGAACGCAUCCUGGCCGACAUCGAGAAGGAGCAGAUGAGUCCCCGGGCCAAGCGCUGGCCUUAUGUCAGCACAGCUGGGCCUGUCCGCUCACACAACUCUAGCCUCUGCUCCUCCCUCUCAGGCAGUCUGGAACAGCUGCCUGCCAAAGUCACCGAUGCCAGCAAAAAACGCCAAGAGGCCGUGAGGUACUACCCACAUAGAAUAGCAAUUGGCGUCUCCUUUUUAGACCAGCUAGUCAGAGCUUCAGAAGACCUUUAGUUGCUCUUUUUGGGAAUAGUUAUGUUCUAAAAGUUGAAACCCUUGUCUGUUGAAUCCUGUGGACUUCCUAUACCCUAUGGACAUCCUAUACACUCCCAGCUCCAAAACAAGCAAAUGCCCAACCUCUUGACAUUAUUACCCCCCUAGUCCUACUUCUAGUGCCCUUGGCAUUUAUUUUCCCUUUUGACAAAGUCCUUCCUCCACCCAUGCCUUCCUGUCAUCGAUGACUGCCUUGCCUCCUUGAAUAGAAAGGUGCUUGAGCAGAGAAAGAAGGCAGAGGAAGAGGAGGAGAGAUGGAGUGAGAGACAGAAGCAGAGAGUGAAGAAGCUCGCAAAGGUGGUCUCGAAGUGCGCCCAAGCCAACGACGCUCACGUGCCCCUCUCCCAGACCAACCAGUCCAAGCUCAAGCAGUUCAGGUACCCAUAACAUUACAAUUAUACUUGUAGCAACCAAGAAACUCACCCCACCUGAGACCAGUACGAGCACCCACUCCACAGCCCCCCCCCCCCCUAACAACAAUUGAUCUAUCUGAUGUCUGGGUCUUUUCAUAUGAAAAUAAUGAGUGGAAUUGCAAACCUAAAGACUGAAUGGAACAUUGCCUCAAUAGUCUCAAUUGUGACUCUUUUUCUAGGAUAUUAUUUUGAAUAAUAUGGAUGGAUCUCUUCAUUGUUUUAUAAAAUACAUAAAAAACAUACUAAUGUGUGGAUACCCUUUUGUUCCUUAUCCCAAUUUUAGUUUCACGUAAUUGUUUAGGAAUGAUUUGCAUAUCAGUAACAGUAAGCUGCCGUUGUAAAAGUGAUGUUUUGUUGAAUAGGUUAGGGUUGAGGGUUAUUGUAGGACUGAGGGUUGUAGGAUCACAGGGGUGAAAGGUUGCCUGUGUGUUUUCAAACAGGAAGCAGGACUUUCAGCGGAGGAAGGAGUACAAGGAAGAGAUGAGGGAGAUCCAGGAGAGAGUGAAGGGGAGGCCUCUGCUGUUGGAGCAGGUCGCACAGGUGAGCCUGAAACGGCCCACACACACACACACACGUGUGAGUUGUGGAGUGACAUGACAUGGGUUGCAUUUCAGUAGUUAUAAGUGGCUUCGUUUCCUCAUCUCCUCAAACCACUCAUUCACACAAUAAAUAUAUAAACUAUUUUCCCAUAACUGGUCAUGGUGUAUGCUAUUUUUCACUUCUGUCUGUUGACAGAUGAAUGCCAAACACGCUGCAGAGAAGCGCUACACAGACACCCUGCGAGGCUGUGGACUGAGUGAGGACUUUGUCAGUGGCAAGGUGCCCAAGUCCCAGUGGCCAGGUGGCCAAGAAUCUGCAUGCAGGACCUCUUUCUCCAGUGACUCCAAACAAAGGUAGACUUCUGGCUCAAUGACAGUGAAUGAUACAUUAAUACUUCAUUAGUCAAAAUCUCUACAAAGACAAUACAGUAUCACAUUGCAAACAUGUUUUAGGCCUACUUCACCACCUGUGCUGUGGUCUUAGAUCUUGUUUUCAGUAUUAUAGUCUUCGAUGGUGAUAAAUAGUGAAUAGACAUAUAAUACAUAACAUAUUUAACACAGUCGGAAAGUUCCUCAUAAUGUUAAGUUGCGUAAUUCGAAUCUGGUAUCAGAACAGAAUUUAACACUAAGUCACUGAAUAUAUUCUCAGCUUUUUUAUUAAUAUAAUUAGUCAAGCGAAUAAAUAUGGUAAAUGCAAUUUUCGUAUAUACGGGUUCACUGUAACACCUCUUUUAAUACUCUGACAGAGAUAGUUCCCGUUCAAAUGGGGCCUGUCAGAGUAGAGGCUGAGCGUGGUUUAAACUUACUCAGCCUAUCGUUGGCGCACAGGCUGGUCCCAGGCCCUUGGCGCUUCACUGUUGCCGGGCAUUAGUUGUUUUUUGCAACUUGUCUCGAGAGUCAGCAACCCUCAGACAUAGUUUCCUCUUCUUCAUUGUUGCAAUACACAUGUCCUUGAGCGGUUUAACAAAGAGGCAGUGUGUGUGUGUGUCACAAGUAUAUCUCAGCCUCCCCCCUAACUGUUCCUCACAUUAGUCACAGCUUGUUAUGUUAAACAAUCUAUAUCAGUACAGCACAAACCUAUUAUGUUUAAUCAUUAAUGUAUUCUUUUUAAGCUAGGCACCACAUCUAAUUAUAAGAAAAUAGAUCCCAACAAUAAUCAAUAUAAAUAUUAUUUCAAAGUAGUUGAGCCAUGUGUAAGGGAUAAUCAAUGAGGGGUUAUGCAUUCUUUGGAAAAUAAUGAAUGACGUGGAAGGUGUGCAUUAUUUCCCAGAGAACGCAUAGAGCCCCGAGUUUAUUAUCCCUUUUAUACCAUGGCUAUAAUUUAACACAUUUACUAGCUAGCUACAGUAGUUGCCUUGGUAACCAAUCAAACAUACUUGCUUGUUUAGCUAGCCAAAACAUCAGUUUAAGCGCAGAAUAAUUGAUGCAUUUACGAACGCUCAACACGGGUGGAAUAUGGCCGGUGUCAAAAACGUCAUGAAAUUGUUGCCAGCAGCACAGUUACAGUCACCAACGAUCUGGGUAACAUGAAAACAGCCUAACCAGCUCUGCUAGGGCGAGUAAAAUGGUCAGAGUGAGGUGUUCUCUCAUUUGUGUCUGGAAGUAGCUAGCUAACUUUAGCCAGUUGGGUGCUUGACUGCGGUUGUGAGGUCAGAACGCUCCUUGGCCAGAGCGUCCAGGUGUGCGCUCUGAACGCUCCGAGAGCGAAACGCUCUGAAUUGACGAACACACAAUCUGACAACGCUCUGAAUUGACGAACGCCCAGAGCGCACUCUGGCAAUCCAUAUUGAAUUUACGAACACACCCUAGCUUGCUAUCAUAAAAAAAGAAUUCAACAAUGCCAAUAAUGUUUUCAAUUCGACUUUUGCGUUCAAAAGCAGCUCAAACAUAGAACAUGUAAGAAUGAACUAAAGCUAUUGAAUUCUACCGUGCUGAAAUAAUGCACACUCUAGAAUGCCAUUCAAGCCAAUCAGAAACGAGUAUUCAACAAUACCAUGGUUUAUCUUUUUUGUGUUAAGUGUUUAUUAAUUUUGUUUUCUCAGUGAAAAGGAUGAGACAGAUACACAGGCUAUUUACAACAUGGUUUUCCAGGAUGACUACCCAGACGAUUAUGAAGACAGCUUUGCUGACCAAGAACAGGAAGGAGAGCAGGAGGCUGAGAAAGAUGAAUUAAAGUCCAAAAAAGAGGAAGAUGAGGAUGGAGGCCAUGAUGAAGCAGGGCGGGAGAGGGAGGACAUUGGGCGUUAUUCAGAUGAUGGAGAUAACUCAGAUGACCAUUACUCAGAUGACGAUGACCAUUACUCAGAUGCCAGUGAGCAUUACUUACCCCUGGAAGAUGAAAAUAAUGAAGGGAGUGACAUCAUCAAAAGGCCCAAGAGUUCCCAGAGCAGCCCAAGCUAUAGAAGCGGCCAGCACAGCCGAAACAGUCAGAAGUCAGAGAGUGAUGGGGAAAAAAACACAGCAAUAGCAGACAAGAAAAGUGAUGAGGAUGACUGAAAAGUCAAAGGAGUGCAUUUUCUCACAGUUAGGCAGUACUACAGUGUGCACAAACGUCUACAACACUGACACACAGUGGUAGAGAUGCUUCUAUUAUAAAAAAGGCUAAAUGUAUUGUAGGAUAACUAUAUACAUACAUAAUGUGAAAUUUGUAAAUAAAAUUGGUUAAUUUCAUGUUUAUUACAUUAUUUUUUUGCAAAAACAAUUUAGUGUGAGACACAGACCAAAGUCAGUUGUAGUAGUAGGCUAUGGUUAUAAAAAUUGUCACAUUGAACAGUUUAGGGUAUUCUUUGUCUUGUGAUAUGCUACUAUGCAGGAAAUACAAUACUGUGACCACUUACUUUUGAUACACUUUCUUUAGUCACUUAUUUGUCAAUGUUUUGUGACAAAAUAUAUGUAGCCUAACAUUUGCAAUAUAUUUCAGGAUCAUAUUUUUUUAAAUCAUCGCAUAUAUACGUAACAUUGGGGAACAUAAAGGUGUUAUGUAUUUCAUGUACAUUAUGGGAUAUUUAGAUUUCUGUUCUAGUUUUGCAUAAAAAUGUGGCAAUAAAUCAUAAUGUACCAACCAAAAUUGAUAUAUGUUUUGGGGUGUGUGGACCCCCCAGACCAAGGAAAAACACAGCCGCGUGGGUCCUGAAGGAAGGAUGUUCAUUUUGAUUGACAGCAUCGUCAGCCCGUAAAAUAACAGGACAACCCUUGAACAGUUUUAUGACAAACCAAUCGGAUCCCUCAAGGGCGUGCACAUAGUCCAAAUUUUACGCGGCGCCAUGGGCCGAAAAACCUAGAUGGAAUAUCCCAGUCUUAACCGGUUUCAACCGGUCUUGGGUUUCGAAGCAUGAGAUGAGAGGAAGAGCUGGCUUACACGCUCUUACAAAGCCCUGCUAUCAAACAUUAUAUACGAAUAGAACCAAUAAUAAACUCAAGAUUCUUUUAUUUUGUGAUUAUGAACCGGAAUAACGCAAUACGUGUGACUCCGUAAAUUGUUAGCUAGCUAGCCAAGGGAAGCUAAGUGAUUGACUUGUGCAUUAGCAGGCUAACUUGAUAAUAGUUCUCGCCGUCAGCAACGACUUCAUCAUUACUAAGAUACUUCUAGACUAGUCCGUGGACAUUUAUUUGGUAUAUGGUAAAUUUCUAAAUGUACAUUAUCAUACUGAAACUUCGCUUCAGUGGCGGGACAUACAGCUAACGGCGUGCUAUCAGUGCUAGCAGGACAGCAAUCAUUUGGCUAGCUAAUUAGCCAGGACGCUAGCUAGCGAAUGUCAAACACACUGGAACGUGUGCCAUGAGAUAGCCUGACAUCCAGCCAGACGAGAGUUUUAAAAUAAGAGCAAAAAUCGUUUUUUAUUUCAUUACAGCGGAAAGACUAAAUAAACAAGGUAAGUUUGGUAGCUAGGUGGUUAGCUAGCUAAAUGGGUGGAAUCUCUUGAGUUUGGGUGGUAUGAUAGCUAACGUUAGCUAAUGCUAAUAGCUAGCUGGCUAACUAGUGUUAGCUGGCUAGCUAGCUGGCUGUUAUAUCCACACUAGCUUGAUAGCUAUCUAGAAUUGUGAACAUUACUUAAUAUUUUGUUAAUACGAGUGAGUCAAGUCUCUUAAUUUUAAUUGAUUCUCUUACAAGCUUAACAUGGCUACAUUAGCCAGACGUUAGUUUAUGCGAUAAGCUAGCUAGUUAAUAAAAAUCAAUAGACCUGUGUCAAAUUUGAUCAGUUAAUCUAGACAUGUAAUUAAUUUGGAUACACAAUAGAGGAAACGUUAGCUAACAAUAGUAAACGCUAAGUUAAACAGUAACGUUAGCAAGCACGCUAACGUGAUCAACUAGCCAUAGCAGCACUGUUGAAUUGCUGUAUGGAGGGAGGGGUUGCUAUAUUGCCAUGUUCAUGUGUUUGUCGGAACUAGAAAACUCGGACAUUUCCGACUUGGAAGUGGUUGAACGCUGGUUGAAACCAGUUAGCAUGUCGGACAUUUUCCAGUUUCCUAAUUCCGACUAGCACUUGAACGCGCCUUAAGUACCAAUUGUGGUCCAUGGUGUCGCUGUUUCCCAGUCUAUUCAAGUUUACAGGCUUGCGAGUGAUUUCGCAAUUUUAGUCAAACUCAAUAUUUCGCCAUUGUUGUUACAUGUGGGUGGGUGUAGCCAGAGGUAGCAAUGUAGGUGGCGAAAAUAAUAUAUUUGGACAGUGGCCAUAUAUUUAAUCAGCCAUUUGUUUUGAUCUUUUGGUUAGGUUUUAUUUAUAUUUGUCUGUCUGUAGUUAAGUUCUGUCAUUUGUUCUCAUGUUUCCCUUCACCCCUCCAUUCCUAGAGCUCUAUGCCAGCAAACAUGACAAUGUUGGCAGAUCAUGCAGCAAGACAGCUGCUAGACUUCAGUCAAAAGCUGGACAUCAAUCUGCUGGACAAUGUAGUCAACUCCAUGUACUAUGAUGUCGGAUCACAGGUGAGAGCUGCACUUUGCCCUCCUGCUGCUCUAUCGUUGCCACAUACUUCAGUCUGAGACUGCCAUCAUUGAGGCCGUUUGUGGUGACUUCAAAAUCAGGGGUGUUGUACAAAAACAAAGUCAUCAGUGAUUGGAUAAUCUCUAAUUGGCUUUGAGUAUCAAAGCCAAUGACGCAUUUUCAAACGCUCUGGGCCCAACCCUUUGGUUUCUGGGACCAAACCUACGCUCUAGAAUAGAUUUCCAGACUCAUUGUGGUGAAGAAACUAACGUCCGUGGGCGUGGCGUAGCAUAAUCUAAACGUAUUUUACUCCCAUGUUUGUAAACAAUGUAAACGUAAACAAACACUGUAUAGCCUGAACAUGGUUAAAACUAUCAUGUUCAUAUAAUGGAAGGUCAGUCCUUGCAUCCAUUGCUCUGUCUAUGAAUUUGAAUGUUUACAUUUCUCCAUCCCUUUUAACAAAAACAGAGGCGGGGUUCCUACUUUAUUGUUUCAACUGCGGAUUACACCUUUUAAAGCCACACAGAUCGCAGAACAGUUUCUCUCUCCUUGUCUUCCACAGCAACGCAUGGCACAGGAGGUGCUGACCAACCUGAAGGAUCACCCAGAUGCAUGGACACGAGUCGACACCAUCCUGGAGUUUUCUCAGAACAUGAAGACUAAAGUAUGCGUGCCAGUGAUGCAUUCCCAGUGAUCGGUUUUCAUCCUCUAAACCAGGAGGAAGUUAUAAGCCAACAUUGAAAAGCAUAUCAUUACAGCCAGGCAUUGGCAGUCCAGUUGGAUCCAUAGAGAUGCAUAGAUCUUGUUUAUUACAUUUGUCAGCUUUUGAUGUAUUUUAUCCAAUGUAUAUCAAAGAUACAAGAUCUGUCUUAUUAGUGGAAAUGAGAUACAGUUGUGAGUCAUAUGCCUAUCCUGGUAGUCUAAGCCUCUCCCUCUCCAUUCCAGUACUAUGCACUGCAAAUUCUGGAGACUGUGAUCAAAACACGCUGGAAGAUUCUCCCCAGAAAUCAAUGUGAAGGUAACACCUGCUGGAUAGGCUGUUAGGAAUAACACAACAAUAUUAGGGCCAUGCGUGAGACACCAACCUUGCAAAUGAACAGCAACAUUAAGAUAAUGGAAUAGCAACAUGGCUAGACUACAUCUCUUGCUAAUGUAUUGUGUUAUGCAGACAAAAACAUUUGAUCUUUGACAAUGUUGAGUCAUGAACAUUUCCUCAUGUUUUCAGGAAUAAAGAAGUAUGUCGUUGGUCUGAUUAUCAAGACCUCAUCUGAUGCCGCAAAUGUCGAGGUAAAGAGUCUUUCCUGUGUUUGUUUGACUCUGUUCUCACUGCAAUGGUUGAAAUUCUGUGCUCGUUCCCAAAUUUCAUCUGCAUUUUUCAUCUGUGUUUCAGAAAGAUGGAGUGUACAUUGCAAAACUCAACAUGAUCCUCGUACAGGUAAAAAGAGAAGAGAAAAAAAACUUAAACACAUACACACACGUCUGUCCUGUCAUUAGAAAUGGUAUAAAACCGAAACAAUCAAACUCAACGUGUCUCAUCUGCUUGUGUAGAUCCUGAAGCAGGAGUGGCCCAAACACUGGCCCACCUUCAUCAGUGACAUCGUGGGUGCCAGCCGCACCAGCGAGAGCCUGUGUCAGAACAACAUGAUCAUCCUCAAGCUGCUCAGCGAGGAGGUGUUUGACUUCUCCAGCGGACAGAUGACCCAGGUCAAGGCCAAGCACCUGAAGGACAGGUACAUAACAUCUCCUAUCCAGCUACCUAAUAACUUUUUAAAGUUUGUCAAAUGCACAGGAUACAAUGUAGUGUACACAGUACAUUUAAAUGCUUAUUUAUACAAUAAAUGCUUUGGCUGCUUGGAGAUGUACUGUGUAUUGCAAAGAGUCUGUUUCCCUGAGUAUUAGUGGUUGGUAUCAUUACCAGUCUCUUCAUGGCAAAUGCAUUGUGCCAUUUUUAUCAACACAUUAUUUGAAAGCAUGGGUAGAUAAGAUGGAAUUGUACACUGAAAUGCUAUUUAGUAAUGAUUGUUUAUUUAUAUUUUUCAGCAUGUGCAAUGAAUUCUCGCAAAUAUUCCAGCUCUGCCAGUUUGUCAUGGUAAGCAAAUGGCUCAGGGACUCUAAACUGUCUUGAUAUGAAAUUGACUUUGGAAAAACACAUUCACACAUGUUGAAUACCCAACACAUGUUAUAUGCCAAAUGUUUCUGCAGGAAAACUCCCAGAAUGCCCCCCUGGUCCAAGCCACACUCGAAACUCUCCUGCGUUUCCUGAACUGGAUCCCCCUGGGGUACAUAUUUGAGACCAAAUUGAUCAGCACUCUGGUGUACAAGGUAACUCAACUCCUGAGGACUCACUUGCACCUGUCCCCAUACUGAAAAUUAGAUGACUAAGGAUCAGCUUAUUACUUCUUCUCGGUUCCAUUGAAACAUCUCCCUCUGCAAUUUAGUGGUGUUUUUUGAUGUGAUUUUGCAAUACCGGCUUGUGGAAACUCGGAACAGCAGUUUAACUAUAGGCAUCCUCUCACAAAGGCGCACUUGCAUUGGUUUUGCUUGCAAGUGCGUAAGAACCGGAGGAACAAUAUAGUGAACGGUUGAGACAUUUGCUCCUUGUUGCUUCGGCGACUUGGUCUGCUGCAAACAUUCAUACACUUGUACCUGUAUACGGGCUGAAAAUGUUAGAUUUGGCCACUAAUAAGUGCCUAAAUUGGAACGGCAGUGGAUGUACAGUAACAUGCUAUACAUGACGUCAGAGCUCUGGCUCUGCACUUCACAGCACUGUAUAGGUUUUGACUGACAGCUGUUCUGAACUUGAGCACCGUGCGCGACAAGAAGUUGCCCCCAUCCCUCCAGGUAAUUGGGCAACUUUAGAUUUUUUGGUUGUCUGAGUGAGGGAAAUGCUGUAUAUUAAGAUGACUAUGUAUUUUGAAAGAUGAGACAUGAGGAUUAUAAUAAAUACCACUUUGAUGUCAUACAAGCAAGCCAAACACUCAUAAAAUCAUAUUUUAUAACUUAGCUAGUUAUGUUGGCAAUAGAACAAGCUUUCAAAUCAUGCCCACUUGACCCAGAUUGAGAUUUAUAAUGGGGUGUUAUUGGAUUGCGUAAACCACAAUAGUAAUUGUGCGAUGGGGGGGAUGCAGGAUUGUGUUCAAGACUGAACUACAAGUGUGCUUGCUCUAGUUCCUCAACAGCACGGCUAGGAGAGCAAAAAAAAGUGGCUUAUAGUUGGAAGACUCUUCUUUGAGAGGUGUGUGGCCACUUGGAGACACCCGUUAGUCCUCUCACUCAAACCCUUGGAAUUGUUUUGUUUUAUGUUGCACCUACCCCACAUUUUCAGGACAAUUAUUAUCAUGUUACUUAAUGUAUCCAAGUAUUUUCAGAUUUCGUUAUCAGCAAAUGUAGCAAAGUACAGUAAAUGUAAAAAGCACAUAAAUCAACAGUGUAAUGUUUGGAUUCAGUCUUGUCAGGUGAACUGUUGUGUCCUCAACUUCGGUCUAACACUUUUUCUUAUUGGACAUGUUUAAGUAGUCCCUCCCUGUUUCAGUCAGUUUUCUUCUGAUUGGUGCCUAGUGAAUACGACCCUGUUGACUAACCUCUUUUUCUUCUCGUCUGUUCCCAGUUCUUGAACGUGCCCAUGUUCCGCAACGUGACGCUGAAGUGUCUGACGGAGAUCGCCGGCGUGAGCGUCAACCAGUACGAGGAGCAGUUUGUCAACCUCUUUACGCUCACCAUGUGUCAGCUCAAACAGGUACGCACCAUGUCGGCUAAAACUGGUACGCAUAGCGCCAUCUGCUGGCCAGUUAAGCCUACUGUCAAAACUCUAUUGGAGCAGUGGUACCCAAAUGAUGGACCAGGACAAACCGAUUGGUUACAUAUAUUUUUUUAAACAGGAUACUGGAUACCAUAUGUGACGACUCUGUGUUUUAACAGGCAUCAUAAGAACUAUUAAGAAGUUAGCAAAAAAUUACAUUAAAAAAAAUAUUGUGAAUUAACACUAAUUGAUGCAUAAAAUAAUCAGUAUUUUCCCCAAUCGCUCUCUUUGUGUUAGAUGCUCCCCCUGAAUACCAACAUCCGCCUGGCGUAUUCCAACGGCAAGGACGACGAGCAGAACUUCAUCCAGAACCUCAGCCUGUUCCUCUGCACCUUCCUCAAAGAGCAUGGACAGCUCAUCGAGAAGAGGCCCAACCUUAGGGAGACACUCAUGGAGGUAACGUUAAUGCCAUGAAUACUGGACAAUAACAGCAGAGAUACUGUUCCUAUGUGUUUUUGGGGGAAAAACACAUGAAUCAAUCACAUUCAUUAAUAAAAGUCACGUAUUAACAUUUCACAUACCCCCUCGUUCUCCGCCAACCUAACCUGUACUGCAGCUAGAACAAUAUUACCUUUGACCUCAAAUACUAUUAUCUGUAUCUGCAUUUCAUUAUUAUAACAAUUAUUUUCUGUACCAAUUUUCCCUUUUGUUUUCAUCCUCAAGUCACACACCAUUGAAAUGGACCGAACCCCCCAAUCCUCAACAUUCUCCUUACCUUCUGUUCUAAUCACCCCCCCCCUCUCCCCUCCAGGCUCUGCACUACAUGCUGCUGGUGUCUGAGGUGGAGGAGACAGAGAUCUUUAAGAUCUGUCUAGAGUACUGGAACCACCUGGCGGCCGAGCUCUACAGGGAGAGCCCCUUCUCCACCUCCACCUCCCCCCUGCUCUCUGGGAGCCAGCACUUUGACGUGCCCCCCCGCCGGCACCUCUACCUGCCCGUGCUCUCAAAGGUGAGGAGUAACACUCAGAGACAGACUGAUGGGUUCCCCCAAACCAAUGUCCUCCAGGGUCGUGUCAUAGGGCACACCGUAGCAAAGCAAUCUACAAAAGACAACAAAAAUGUGUUACAAUCGGACAUGUUCAUGUAGUUCCCACCACUUCAAACCAUUUUCUCCCAACUGAACACAACCUUUAUGUUCUACUGUGUUUCUUAUUGACAGUCCCUGCCUCACCAUGGUGUCUGUCUGUGAUACGAUAGGAUUACUUUUAGAUUGUCCAUUAAUAGUCUCUGGCAUGUUGUCUGCCCGGUAACACAGGUGCGUACGCUGAUGGUGAGCCGGAUGGCCAAGCCAGAGGAGGUGCUGGUGGUGGAGAACGACCAGGGAGAGGUGGUCCGAGAGUUUAUGAAGGACACAGACUCAAUCAACCUCUAUAAGAACAUGAGAGAGACACUGGGUGAGUGCAUGGCCCAGGAGAGUCUGAACAUCUCUCUCACACACACGUCCAUUCUCUAGUCUGCAAUGUCAAGCACAAUUGCUCAAUCUUUUCCUUUGUCAAAUGUACUUUCCACAAUUGAUCGCUCUAUCAGUGACACUCAAACACACAUCUCAGUACACAUCUCUCACACACUUUUCUUCGCUGUCUAUAACAUAGGGCACUUUGCACACACUCCCUCGCUCUGUGACUAGCAUAACUCUCUCUCCCCCCCCCCCAGUCUACCUGACCCAUUUAGACUAUGCGGACACGGAGCGCAUCAUGACGGAGAAGCUGCACAACCAGGUGAACGGGACAGAGUGGUCGUGGAGGAACCUGAACACGCUAUGCUGGGCCAUCGGCUCCAUCAGCGGGGCCAUGCACGAGGAGGACGAGAAGAGGUUCCUGGUCACCGUCAUCAAGGUCUGUGUAAUGGACACACAGUGCACACGCAGACACACAUACACACAUUGCACCUUCACAGGUAGCUACGGUCUUUAAAGUGUAAAAUACACACAUAGUUGCUGGUCUUAGUUGUCAAGGUCUGUGUUCUGUUAGACCAUAAAUGUUCCCCUUACUGUUCAGAAAUUGAAUGGCCUGCCCCUUGAGGCGUUGCAGUCCGACUGUGCGUGUCGAGCCUGUGUCAUGAGGGGCGGAGAGUGACAGGGCUAUGUCUACGCAGAGGACUCAGAACAGUGGGUACUUGGAGUGAUUGAUAGAACUGACAUUUGGCAACUUAAAAAAAAGAAUUGAAGGACAUUCUUAUGGAGAAAUUCCACGUCCAAGUCACCUGACAAGACUUACAAUGGAAUUGGCCCCAACUCUGCUGUUGUAGAGGGUGACUGUCAGGAUGUACUGAGCUGUGUUUCUGUGUUGUUGACCAACUGUGUCGUUUUCCCAUCAUGUCUCCAGGACCUGCUGGGCCUCUGUGAGCAGAAGAGGGGGAAGGACAACAAGGCCAUCAUCGCCUCAAACAUCAUGUACAUCGUGGGCCAGUACCCACGCUUCCUCCGAGCCCACUGGAAGUUCCUCAAGACUGUCGUCAACAAGCUCUUUGAGUUCAUGCACGGUAAGCAACUUUGUUCAGGCCACCACUUGCAUAUCUCAAAAAGAUACAGGAUACUGUUUUCAGUGUCGUGUUUGUGUGAGUUGAUUUCCUUGGUGUGAUUUUGCAUCCAUGCAAAAUACCAGGGCUGUGUUCAUUUGGCACUAGACAGAAGAAAACCAACUGAAACAGGGAGGGGACUACCUGGACUGGUCCAAUAAGAAACACUAAAAUAAAGUUUUGCUUCGGUGUGCCCAAGUGAACACGCCCCAACAGUGUUUUAUUUUAUUGAACAUUUUAUUUGAAUGUAAUUGUUCCCGGCAGAGACCCACGACGGCGUGCAGGACAUGGCGUGCGACACCUUCAUCAAGAUCGCCCAGAAGUGCCGGCGCCACUUUGUCCAGGUGCAGGUGGGUGAGGUGAUGCCCUUCAUCGACGAGAUCCUCAACAACAUCAACACCAUCAUCUGUGACCUCCAGCCCCAACAGGUACCACGGUUGAGCUACAGGCCCCUGAAAACAACCAAAACUAUGAGUAAAAUACAGUAGUAGUUGAAAAACAUAUUCAAAUGGAAACCAGUGUUGCUAUUAGCGAAGUUCAGGUAGCACCCUGUUUCCAGUUGUCACAGACGUGAAAUUGCUGGAGUUGGCUAUGAAGCAGCAAAUGUUAUCAUAUUACCAUGAUCAACCUCAUAUCUCCUCCCCUCCCCCCAUUCAGGUGCACACGUUCUACGAAGCGGUGGGUUACAUGAUUGGGGCCCAGACGGACCAGGCUGUGCAGGAGCACCUUAUAGAGAAGUACAUGCUUCUACCCAACCAGGUGUGGGACAGCAUCAUCCAACAGGCAACCAAGGUGAGUCACACUCUACUAUGGGAUUGUAUUUGUAAAUCUUUGUUUCAAAGCAUUUUACAUUGUACGGAUGCAACACAACCCAAACAACACUGUCACCCACCUUGUACCACUGUGCCAUAGAGAAAUACCCACACAGUCUUAGAUGCCCUUGUAGUUUUAUCAGCAACAUUUGUCAUCAUUUCCAGUGCUUUUCUUCCCCAUUUUUGUAUUUGUAUAAAUAGCAACUGGCAAAGCCUUAUCUUUUUACACUUUAGUAAAACGCUAUGCAGAGCGACUUACAAUAUAUUGUCCGAAAAUGCAUUUAAAGCAUUUUAACUGACUUGUUAACGCUCUCUCUCCCCCAGAAUGUGGACAUCCUGAAGGAUGCGGAGACAGUGCGUCAGCUGGGCAGCAUCCUGAAGACCAACGUGCGGGCCUGCAAGGCCGUGGGACACCCCUUCGUGGUGCAGCUGGGACGCAUCUACCUGGACAUGCUCAACGUCUACAAGUGUCUGAGUGAGAACAUCUCCUCUGCCAUCCAGACCAACGGUGAGACGUGUGUGUGCGUGCCAAGUCUGUCAGUGGUGUGUCUACUCUGUCUUUGGUCUAUCUGAUCUGUGUGCCGGAGGUGCUUGUUUGUCUUGGUGUGUGUGUGUGUGUGUGUGUGGGUCUGUCAGACUCUUGUAUGCCUGAGGUGCUCUGCUUGUCUUGGUGUGUGUGUGGGUCUGUCAGACUCUUGUAUGCCUGAGGUGCUCUGCUUGUCUUGGUGUGUGUGUGUGCCUAACUCGGUCUGCAGCUGCAGCAUCAGUCACAUAACUAUAGGCCCAGUCUAAUGGUGCCUUCAAGACAACUGGGAACUCUGAAAAUACGAGGUCAAAUCAUGACGUCAGUGAUCUUCAGGUCAGAAAGUCGGAGCUCUAGAAAGAGGCCUGAAUUCUGAGUUGGAUGACCGUUCACAACGAUUUUUCUCAGUCGGAGCUCGUUUUUUUUCUCCAGAGUUCCCAGUUGUCUUGAAUGCACUGAAGUUGGAGAUUUCAUGCUACCACCAUGCUGCUACUACCCCCAUGGUUACUCCAUGCUACCCCCAUGGUUACUCCAUGCUUACUCCAUGCUACCCCCAUGGUUGCUCCAUGCUACCCCCAUGGUUGCUCCAUGCUACCCCCAUGGUUGCUCCAUGCUACCCCCAUGGUUGCUCCAUGCUAAACCCUAUGCUAGCUAACUAACACUCUCUAUUGUCCUGCUAGGAGAGAUGGUGACCAAGCAGCCCCUGAUCCGGAGCAUGAGGACGGUGAAGAGAGAAACGCUCAAGCUGAUCUCCGGUUGGGUCAGCCGCUCUAACGACCCACAAAUGGUGAGUCUGUCCUGUCUUAAUCAAAUCUAGUCACAGCCUAUAGGGAAUGCUGUUGACCAGUGGUUCUCCUAUAGAUCCUCUUAGAAAAUCUAAAUGUAAUGGUGGGAUCAGAGCGGGCAUCUCUCAGACCAUAGAUAGCCUGUCUAAACCACACCAUAGAGUAACGGGAGGCAGAAAGACAACCAGAAAGAUACAACUGCCUAUCUGGACUAGCUUACACUCCACACAGCCCCCCCAAAAAAUGUUUUUCUUUUCUAUUUUAUAAAUCAUUGGCCACCAACCUUAUCCAGAGGAAUCAUGCCCAUUGAAACUAUUUAACUAUUUACAGGUUGAAAAGGCAGAGAAUAGCUCACAUUACAGACAAGAUAUAGCAUUUGCCUGUCAGUUCCUCCUCUAAACUAUGGUGCCAAUGAAUUGAACCACUACUACCCCCAGUGGAGCCCCAAGCCCUUAGUUAUCUGACAGUUUGCUUUAAUGUUAGAUUGAAUGUCUCUGUAUUAACUGGUCACGUUCUACCAUGUUCCGUGGUUCUACAGGUGGGGGAGAACUUUGUCCCGCCCCUGCUGGAGGCCGUACUCAUCGACUACCAGCGCAACGUCCCCGCAGCCAGAGAGCCCGAGGUGCUCAGCACCAUGGCGACCAUCGUCAAUAAGCUGGGCGGACACAUCACCGGGGAGAUUCCCAAGAUUUUCGACGCAGUCUUCGAGUGCACUUUGAACAUGAUCAAUAAAGUAUGUUUCAUAGAUGUUUCCUUCACUAUACUAUUAUAGGACUAUACUGUAAUCUAUUAAUUAGUUAAUAUUCAUAGCUGGGGCUCUUAUAGACUGCAAAUGAUGUCAAAGGAACAUUAACAGAAAGACAGAUGUGUUAGUUUGCAGCCUUGUCAAAUUCAGUGCUUCCUCCACAAUGGACCGCACUGGCCAAAAUGGCUGCCACAGUGAACCUGUAAUUCAUGGGCCUCGCAUCCCUUUUACAUGGGUGUUGGGGAUAAAUUUGUACUACAGACAAUUAGUCAAGUCUAUCCAUUGCAAGGUUGUAAACUGAAGUAUUGUUGAACACAGGAUACUUUUUGUAAUUGUAUGCGUGAAAAAGUUAAAAUAAAGUCUGUGUAUAUAUAGUCCUAGCAGUCUUUAUUCCUUAUAGAAAGUCAUUGUCACUGACAUUGUCCAACAUUUUUCUCUCUAGGACUUUGAGGAGUACCCAGAGCAUAGGACCCAUUUCUUCUACCUCCUCCAAGCGGUGAACUCUCAGUGCUUCCCGGCCUUCCUCUCUAUACCCCCGGCCCAGUUCAAACUGGUGCUGGACUCCAUUAUCUGGGCCUUCAAACACACCAUGAGGAACGUUGCAGACACUGGUAAGACCCUCCAUAUGCUUUGGCCUCACCUACCUAUUCAUACAUGCUAUGACUGUCACGAGAUUGGAAUUUAGCGUUAGUGAAUGAGGUCGUCAAACUCCUCUGAGGUGAAAUGCAGUUCACUUACCUCUACAUUUGAAAUAUUAUGGGCGUUUCAGACACAGAUUAACUCUAAUCCUGGACUAAAGCUUUUUUUUUCAAUGGAUAAUUGCUUUUUAGUCCAGGACUAGGCUUAAUCUGAGUCUGGGGAAAUAGUCCUUACGGUACAUUGUGGAAUACUCCCUGCUUAUUAUUGUGAUCAAGCCACUCAUCCCUGCAUCCUCUCUCUCCCUCUGUCUCGUUAUGUCCUCCAGGUCUGCAGAUUCUUUACACCCUGCUGCAGAACGUGGCCCAGGAGGAGGCUGCCGCACAGAGCUUCUACCAGACCUAUUUCUGUGACAUCCUCCAGCACAUAUUUUCCGUCGUCACAGAUACCUCGCACACAGCAGGUGAGGGGGUUGGUGGGGCAUUGUUGGUUGACGGUUAAAUAUCACCGGAAACAUCUAUGGUUCUGUAAUAAGUGUUUGGUACAGGCGAGGAAUCAGUCCUUGUUAUACACUAGGUGGUUUGAUUCCUGAAGGGGUUAUUUCACUUUGGUGUCACCGCAGCAGAGUCAAACACAGACUUGGCAGAUGGACACGGCAAUGUGCUUCAGUGCCAUUGGUGAGUGCAAGACAAGUGUGGGUAUAAUUGAUGAUAUGCUUGAUUUUUCUCCAGGGCUAACCAUGCAUGCGUCCAUCCUGGCAUACAUGUUCAACCUGGUGGAGGAGGGUAAAAUCAGCGCCGCCCUCAACCCAGCCAGCCAGAACAACCAGGGAUACGUUCAGGAGUACGUGGCCAACCUGCUCAAGACUGCCUUCCCCCAUCUACAAGAGUAAGUUUGUCUUGUCAGCCUGCCUAUCUGCAUUAUUUUUUAGCUGCCCUGAGGGCCCUCUGUGAAGUAAAUUCAAAUGAAACAUUUGAUGUGCUCCACUCUGAACACUAAGAUAGGGAUGUGUUCGUUUGCAGCCUUGUCAAAUUCGGUGCUUCCUCUACAAUGGACCGCACUGGCCCAAAUGGCUGCCACAGUGAACCUGUAGUUCAUGGGCCUCAUCUCUUUUACAUGGGUGUUGGGGAUACACUUGUACUACAGACAAUAACUAGUUGAUCUAAAGUGAUAUACUUACUGGUAGGUGAAUGUGUUGUGAUCCUGACUUUCCUCUCCAUUCCAGUGCCCAGGUGAAGGUGUUUGUAACAGGUCUGUUCAGCUUGAACCAGGACAUCCCUGCCUUCAAGGAGCACCUGAGGGACUUCUUGGUGCAGAUCAAGGUGAGUCACUCCGGUUUUGUAGCCACACACACGGGUGCAAACGCUUAGUAACUCUCUGGCCCUUGUGUGUCUGUCUGAGAAGGUGUCAAACCUCUGGAGCGCGGUAGAUACUGUUUUAACGUGAUAUUUGUCCCUCACACUCAACUCUCAACUUCCUCUCUUUCCUCCCUGUCCAGGAGUUUGCUGGCGAGGACACCACAGACCUGUUCCUGGAGGAGCGGGAGACGUCGCUGCGGCAGGCCCAGGAGGAGAAACACAAACUGCAGAUGUCCGUCCCCGGCAUCCUCAACCCCCAUGAAAUCCCAGAGGAGAUGUGCGACUGAGCGCCGCCACAUAGGAACGAACACAACAGCAAACAUGUACAGUUUUUGAAAAAAAUAAAGGCAAGAGAAGCUGGAAGCUCCUCUUGUCA